GCUCUGGUCUUCGCCACUCGGUGCCGCUCAAGCUCACGACCGACUCCUGCCGGUCUCACUCGCACCCGAGAACGCCCCAUAUCCAACCGACGAGACUCCGAGUUCCGACAUGGUUAAGAAGAACCGCGCCGACUUUAUUGCCUCCAACCUGCCGCAGCUGCAGAACCUGGUCAAGCGGGAUCCCAUAUCCUACAAGGAAGAGUUUCUGCAGCAGUGGCGGCACUUUGAAUCCGGCCUGGCCAUCUUUGCCCUCAAACCGGACGAAGAGGCAAAGCAAUUCGGGGAGCUCAUAACCUUCCUAUCGCAUGUGUCGUCGUGCUAUCCCAAGGAAUGUGCCACCUUCCCGCAGAAAAUCGUGGAUCUGCUUUCGAACCACUAUCAAGAGAUCCACCCGGAUCUCAGGAAAACCAUGGUCCAGGCCCUCAUGCUCUUGCGAAACAAGGAUCUGAUCUCGUCCACCAGCCUGCUGUCGCUGUUCUUUACCCUGUUCCGCUGCAAGGACAAGCAGCUUCGAGAGACACUGCACAACCAUAUCGUCAGCGAUAUCAAAAAUGCCAACGCAAAGCACAAGAACAACAAGCUCAACAAGACUCUGCAGAACUUUAUGUACACGAUGCUCAAAGACUCAAACGAGGUUGCUGCCAAAAAGUCCCUCGAUGUCAUGAUCGAGCUUUACAUCAAGCAUGUGUGGGAUGAUGCCAAGACCGUCAACAUCAUCGCCGAAGCCUGUCUCUCGAACAUGUCCAAACUUGCUGCCACAGCAAUCAACUUUUUCCUGGGCAAGGACAAAGAAGAGGCCCCGGAUUCGGAUAAUGAGGACGUUGAUAUGGACAAGCUGCUGCAUCAGAAGCGAAUCAACAAGAAGACGAAGUCUCGCAAGGGCCAGGUCGAUAAAGCCCUGGCAUCGAUCAAGAAGAAAGAGCGCUCUAAAAGCAGAAACGAGUCCUUCAAUUUCUCGGCUCUCCAUUUGCUGAACGACCCCCAAGGCUUUGCCGAGAAGCUCUUCUCUCGCCUCAAGUCGUCGACGUCGCAGUCCUACUUUCGCUUUGAACUCCGCCUCCAGUUUAUGAACUUGAUCUCGCGACUCAUCGGAAUCCACAAGCUCACCCUGCUUGGAUUCUACGAGUACCUGAUUCCGUAUCUACAGCCUCACCAGCGCGAAGUGACACAGAUCCUGGCGUACGCUGCCCAGAGCUCUCAUGAAAUGGUUCCGCCGGAUGCCAUCUCGCCCAUGGUCGAGGCCAUCGCCAACCACUUUAUUUGGAACAACUCCUCCAACGAGGUUGUGACAGCCGGCCUCAACGGUCUCCGUGAGAUUUGCCAGCGGUGCCCAUUGGCCAUGUCAGAGACCCUGCUGCAGUCGCUGGUUGACGACUACAAGAAGCACCGAGACAAGGGACCCAGCAUCGCCAUUCGCUCUCUGCUUGGGCUGUACCGCGAGAUCAACCCUGAGCUGCUGAAGAAGAAAGACCGGGGCAAGGCCGCCACAAUGGGCAUGAAGAACUUUGUGGCUCCCAAAUUUGGUGAAGUCCGUGUGGCAUCCGACGUUGAAGGAAUUGAUCUUUUGGAGAACGCCGGCGACGGAUCCGAUAACGACGGCGCCUGGGAUGAGUGGGAGAUUGACGAAGACGGCGGCGAGAGUGAUGCAGAAGAGGUUGCCGAAGAUGAAGAUGACGACGACGAAGGUUGGGAAGAUGUCGAGUCCGAAGCCGGCGGCGAGGAAGAUGUCGACCCUGGAGAAGGCUGGGAAGAUUGGGAAGUUGUCUCGAAUGACGACGAGGACGAUGAAGACGGCGAGGACGACGAGAACGACCAAGAUGAUGAAGAUGACGAGGAGAAUGAGGACGAAGAAGAGGAUGAUGAGCAAGAAGAAGCCACUUCAUCAAAGCAGAGUGCUCGAUCCGACUCCAAAUCCCAGAAAACUGAUGCCAGCAAGAAGAGGAAGGUUUCUACAGAACCAGAUGAGCUCGACGACAAGGAUGCCAAGUCCUCGAAGAAGCUUGGCCUCACGGCUGAACGAAUUCUCACGGACGAGGACUUUGCCAGACUGAAGGAGCUUCGCAUGGAGAGAGAGGCCGAAAAGAUGGCAGGAGUUCGACCCACCAACCGCAAGCGCUUCGAGGACGAAAUUGACGAAGACGACAGCGAUGUCGAUGCUGACGAAAAGGACCUGGUGGACGUUCGCUCGAUCAUGAGCGGAAUCAAGAGAAAGGACGACUACGAAGCUCGUAUGAAGAGUAUCCAGUCUGGACGAGAAGGGCGAGAAAAGUACGGCUCGAAGAAGGGCAAGAAGGAGAAGGGCAGUAUGACCAACCGGGAAAAGUCCAAGAAGAAAAACUAUCUCAUGAUGGUCCACAAGCGAUCGGUUGCAGGCAAGGCCAAGCGCUCGCUCAGCCAGAAACAGCACGUUCUUCGCGAGCACAUCCGGAAGCAGAAGCUCCGUUACUGAGGCGCAGGUGGCAACACCAGCAUCGCCAACCAUGCAGAGCUCGAAUACAACCGUGGUAUUAUGCAAAUGCGUCUGUCGUCCGGGCCGUCGCUCGGAUCCAACGGCCAGUCGGGCCGUCUACCUCUUGCCAGGCAUGAGGUUUGUGGAGCCCAGACUGCCCUUCUUCAGGUCGAGUGGCCUCAGGGCCCGAUUGCCGCCAGCCUUGUGACCAGGCCCACCUGGGGG